AUGGAACCUAGUGUUCUCAGGCUCCUGUCGAGGGGCUUUUAUAUGUGGGAAUCGAUCUGCGCCGCUGUCGUUUUGGGUAUCAACUCGUGGUACCUUGCCAACUACAACGACACGCCGGUCUACCCGCAGGCUCGUCUGGUCUACACCGAGAUCAUCGCGGGGCUGGCGAUACCCAUGUCCAACGUCUUCGCCUGGAUCUACAACGUCGUCCCCCGGUGCCUGGCCAUGGUGAACCUGUUCUUCUCGCUGGCCUUCUUCUCGGCCUUUGGCGCGCUGAUCGAGUUCGACUGCGACAAGAACUGGCACGGGUGGUCCCAAGGCGUGGGGUCCUCGUACCGUGCCUGCUGGAGGGCCACCGAGGCCUUUUGUUUCAUCGGGGCCUUCUUCUGGCUCUGCAGUGCCAUGUUGGCCUUCUUCACGCCCCGGGUCGAGGCCGAGUCACACAUGCCCCACAGGAAACACAGCCAAGCCUCGAGCAGUCAGGUGUAG